CAAGGUUUGUAGAUUGCAGCUCUUAUAUUUUGCUUGCUUUUUUACUAUUUAGUCUUAUGUUUUUUUCCAAAUCAAGUUUGCUAUCAAGAUCACAUGUUUCCAUGAGAUACAUUCAUUGGAAGGAAGGAAUCAUGUGACUUUGACAAAGGGUUUUAUUAACUGUCACUUCCAAGUAGGUCUGGACUCUCAUCCCAAGAGCCUUGAAUUAACUCAUUGGCUGCCCGGAAUCAAUGGAAAGAUUUUGGAUUUUGUUGCUGCUGACACUUGCCUUGGCUGAGUCUUCUAUUCAUCCAAGAGGACUAUUUGUUAACUUAGACAAUGGGGAGCUGUGUCUUAAUAGCUUUCAGUGCAAAAGCCGCUGCUGUCACCGAACCAACGGAUUAAGCCUUGCUCGCUGUGCAGACAAGGCAGCUGAAAACCAAGCAUGUUCCCUAAAAAAUCUAUACGGAGUUUACUACAAGUGCCCUUGUGAGAGCGGCUUAAUCUGUGAUGCUGAUCGGACCAUUGUGGGAAGUAUUGUCAAUUCUGACUUUGGCAUUUGCAAGGACCCAUCAAAUAAAAUCGGCAAUGAAAAAAAAGAAAGAAAGAGGCAGGGUGGCUAGAUUUACCAUGGAUCCUUUAAGUAGCCAUAUAGCCAUUAUUACUUUCAUUGCAAAACAAAUUCCAAUGCUUUUAGGUAUUGCUCCAAUAAGCAUGCCCUUUGUUUAUCUAGAUUUCAGUUAGAUUCAAACAUUUUUCUGAUCCACUCUACUGAAAAUGAGGCCUUGUCAUGCAUUUUUGGUUUGAUAUCAGCAAUCAGUAAUAUCUGACUCACCUUACUUAGAUUUGGAACCAAAUCCAGAAUGGAGUGACUAGUGAUUGGAAGACAAAUUAUUAGGUCAAAAGGCCA